AUGUCUCCCCUUAACUCUACUUCCACCCGAAAGCGCGGUCGGCCCCCCAAGUAUCAGUCUGCAGAAGAGCGACAGGCCGCGAAGAUAACACGACAACGAAAUCAGCGACAAGCCGCCCAAGCGGCUAAACGCAACACCUUCUUUGAUGAAUACUACUCGGCCGUCUCGAACCUGCCGCUAGUCCUACCCCCUAACCUUCCCGAACAGUUCCCGACCAACGCACACUGUAUCAGCAUCACGGCUGUUGUCGGGAGUGCCAUGAGCAGGGCCCGUGUGGCGCACCACGAGACGCAUUCGGUUCAUACCGGGCUGGGGGAGUAUGUGGACCAGAUUAACAUUGAUGGCGACUUCCCAGAUGUGUUGGGCUCGGCUACGAUCGCGGCCCGCGAGUCCAAUCUCGCCCAGCAAGUCACCAAGGCACGAAAACAACAGAUCUACUGCGGCAUCGAUCCUCACAAGCCCGAUGAAUCCCCAACGCAUCUCUGCGUGGCAGCCGACCAUCGUCCCGAUCCUUCCUUGGGCGUGACUGUUGAUAUCGAUAGCGUGGGUGGGUUUGUCAGUAGUCUGGCGGUAGCUCGUCGGGGGAUCCGAUGGCAUCCUACGCAGAUGGCGGUGUCCGACCUCCAGUCCAGCCUGCAUCUAGAUCCGGUUUCAGUCCAGUAUUUCGACUCAACCGGGCAGGCCCACCAUGUUCGCCGGCCGGUCCAUCAAGUGCCGCACUAUACCUUUGGUCGUCUAAUUAGAUUCGAAGAUAUCUCUCUGUAUCUACUCUUUCCCCGACUGUACCGGGAAGAUCAGCAAUCCAGCCGUCUGCUAGACCAGGAUUUCCAGCAAUGGACGGACGAAAUCCUCCUCCCAAUCAUCAAUCGGUGUUAUUCCGGCGACCUGAUCCAGCACUACCCCUCUAGCUUCGACCAUAGCCGGCUGAACGCGACCGCCCGGGGAGUGGAAAUGCGGUCCCAGCGAGUGGAUCCGAUCCCCCGCGAGCAGUUGCUUUCCUACUUUCUUCCUCCCGAGGCGCUUCCCACAAUCUGGGAACAGAUUCUAGAGGCGACCCACCGCCCCGGAUUCCACCAGUUUCAGGAUCUUAAGAUUCUAAUCGAGGGGAAAAACCUAAAGACCCUGACUAAGGCAGACACAUUGGCCGAUCUCAUGACGGGCUUUCAACAACACUGGCAGAAUGCUGUUAACGAGGACGUUCUUGCCGAGCCGUUCUUCUACGAUCUCGGUAAGGAAACCUGCCCAACCACGGCGAGCGCGCAAGAGAGGCCGCCGCAAUCUUUACUCUGGCGGCGUUGUUGCCUGAACGCGUAUAGCCAGUGGAUCCAUAGCAAGCAGCCAGCGGACGCGCCCCAUGCUCUGCAGCACUUCUACCCAAUCAGUAUGCUAGAAGACACCGGCAGCCUGACGUUAGAGACCCGGCGAACAUCACCGCAGCGGCGGGCCGGUCUCUAUUAUAGUCAAUUCUACGCUAGUGUGAAAGAGGUCUUCGCCGCCGGCAAUACAUAUCCAUUUACCAAUACUGCAACGGAGACCUUGGCGCUGGAUCCCCAGCUUCGCAAGACGUGGCAGACCGUUGGCGGUGGUCUUAGCCAUAAUCCGAUCGCGCUCAACCGGGCCUAUCUCACCACAAAGCAACGGUGCCAUGCUGCGUUACAAGGAUCGGUCCCUAAGGUCUUUGGCCUGCGCGAAGAGCACCGGGUCUCUCACGCUUUAUUUUGUCAGAUUCUGCACGAAUUUCAGACCCGGCAACAGUCUACCACCCGAUUUCUGGGUUCUGGAGAUCGGGUCGAGAGUUACUACGCUUUGCCGACCUUGACGCUUCUUCGCUGGUUCCGAUGGAAUAUCAACAAGUUUUGUGUUGGGUUUGAAAUGGUGUACAGCUUAAAUGACCGGCAUUUUGUGACCUGGGAGCAUACCCGGGUCAUGUUAAUGUUCCUCCGCUGCCUUCCAUUCUCCUACUCCGGCGGCCUUUUGGAGCGGGUCUCCGGCUGUUGGCGCGAUGUCUGGUUUCGCCCGGAUCCCACCCAGCCGGACGGUCUUCGGCGGUGCGAGGGGCUGGGCUUCCAGCGGAAUAUGCAGCAAUUUGGGUACGGCUGGUUCCUGGAGAAGAUAGAUUGGGAGAUGAUGGUGUUCCGACAGCCGGCCACGCAAUACAUCCAAUUCAACAACCCGUCGCUCCAAGCCGCGUACCACGCGCGUUAUUCCCAGGUGCGGGAUGUUCGCACGGACUUCAUUCGCAUCAGCCAGAUCCACCAGUGGAUGACCGAGUUUAGCAGUAUUCCUACCUGCCAAGACUAUCUGCAGAAAUAUCUGCGGCAGCUGUGUUUGCGGGCCUUUCGCAAGGAUGUUUUUACGCAGAUCAAACGGCUUCUAAAGCCGGAAUCCGUAAGCGCAGCGUUAGCGGGAGAGAUCCCGCUCUGCUGGCCGAGUCUCGAAGGCGCGCUGCAGACCCAACACUGUCCGCCCUAUAUUGCGUCGGGGAACCGCAUGGCGGUCAAACAUAUUAAUGUCCUUUUUACAUGGCUAUGGGAGUGGCGCGAUGGCCGAUUCGAACGAAAAGGAUGGGAUCACAAGCCCUACCGACUUCUUUAUCAAAAGAGCUUCGAGGUGAUUACCCUGUUCCAAGGCAAGGACGCCGCUCGUCAGUGGAAACAGGGUCUAAAAGAUUCCUUUAUUCAGAGCCAUUGGAUGCUUCCCUAUCCUCAGAACAAUAGCUUCAUGCGAAAGUCUAAGGAGAGUGGCCAGGUGAUGUGGUGGUCCAGCGUGCAUCGCGGGAUGGAUCUGUACUACCACGAGCUGAAUGUGUUUGACCGCCCCUUUCCGGCGUCCUAUAUCAAGCAUCAUCCGACGACCGGUUGGAGCCCAUCGCAGCCCUCUCUCGCCCAUCUUGACUAUACAAUUGAACCUGAACAGCGCCUUCUGCAUCUAUCAGAUCCCGAGCUCUAUCAGACCCUACGCGACCUACAGAGCCAAUGGACGUCGCCAGAUAGACCGCCCCAACGACCG